CCAGUGGCUUCUGGGAAUUGUAGUCCCAGACUUCCAGGACAUUCUUGUUUAGGGUCGCGGGAGAGCCGGGCUUCGCUCCCAGAAGCCUCCGGUGCGGCUUGCUGGGAACGCACUUCCGGGGACGCUGAGAAGGAGACGCUCCAAGAGGCUCCUCAGUGUGGGCGAGUGAAAUGCUCUGCGUGUGAGAAACAGGCCCAGAUCAUCACUACUCUGUAUAUUCAGAUUUGUAUAUGUUUCUUCUAAGUUGAUUAAAACUAUUUUAGAACUAUCAGGUACCUCAGAGGUCUGACAGUACUGCACACGCCUGCCUGCCAUGGGCUGUCGGGAUGUCCACGCAGCCACAGUCCUGUCCUUCCUUUGUGGAAUCGCCUCGGUAGCAGGCCUCUUUGCAGGGACUCUGCUUCCCAACUGGAGAAAAUUACGAUUGAUCACGUUCAACAGAAACGAGAAGAACCUCACUGUUUACACAGGCCUUUGGGUAAAAUGUGCUCGGUACGACGGGAGCAGUGACUGCCUGAUGUACGACACUACUUGGUACUCAUCAGUUGACCAGCUGGACUUACGUGUCCUCCAGUUUGCCCUGCCCCUCAGCAUCCUGAUUGCGAUGGGUGCCCUGCUGCUUUGCCUGAUUGGAAUGUGCAACACUGCCUUCAGGUCCUCUGUCCCCAACAUCAAACUGGCCAAAUGUCUGGUCAAUAGUGCAGGUUGCCACCUCGUGGCCGGUCUGCUGUUUUUCCUGGCAGGUACUGUGAGCCUCUGCCCAUGCAUCUGGGUCUUCUUUUAUAACAUCCAUCUGAACAAGAAGUUCGAGCCAGUCUUUGCAUUUGACUAUGCAGUGUAUGUCACUAUUGCCAGUGCUGGGGGCCUGUUUAUGACUUCCCUUCUACUGUUUAUUUGGUAUUGUGCAUGCAAAUCUUUGCCUUCUCCUUUCUGGCAACCACUGUACUCCCAUCCUCCUAGUAUGCAUACUUACUCACAACCCUAUUCAGCACGCUCCCGCCUCUCUGCUAUUGAAAUUGACAUUCCAGUAGUUUCACACGCCACCUAAUGGGGAAAUAGUUAAUUGUUAGAGAAAACGUGUAGCCUCACAUGACUCUUGUGCAAGGAGCUCUUUGGCCCUAUGUACAUUUUCCUUUGUUUCUGACCAGUCAGUGAAGCCAAAUUUUUAUGUCGAGGUAGAAUGAAUUGCUGCUGGUUUUUAUGAGAAGUAUAUUAUUUUAAAUGUGAAUCAUUUAUCUUUUACUGGAAGGAUUUUUAGCCUUCAUAUUAAUAUGUGAUCAAUUCUUCAAAGUAGAAAGGACCUUGGUCACAGUUGAGGUGAUUUAGAGCAACAUGUUAAAGAAUUAUGAUGGCUCAGAGAAGCUGUUGUAUACAAUCUUUAUAAAUAUUUCAGAGUGUGUAUUGUCCUUUUUCUAUAUACCUUAAACUGGAAAAAAGGCAAUUUUAAAUAUAAGAAAUUUCUUUCAGAUAAGGGGGUGAUAUUUUAACAAUAGUCAAUAAUCUAUCAGUUUAAGACUAACUUUUCUCUCGGGGCUAAUUGUAUGAAUAGGUGCCAGUAGGUUGAAGAUUACUUUCUUUUGUGAGUUCCUUCUACCUCAUGCAAGUGUUUAGAAAUAAAAUGCAUUUUAAAUGAUGUCAGAAUAACAUUCUAAAUAUCUGCUACUUAUGUAUAACAUUUAACACACUUUUAAAGUUAAUGAUUCCAUGAAUUGUAUUAUUGGAGUUAAAAUGUGCCAUAUGACAGGUUCAUGUUUCCUUGAGGCAGAAAUCGGUUCCCAGGCAUCAUUCACCAAGCUGUACUUAUGUCCAUACACAAUCCGUUAGUGACUAAGAGAAGUAAGUAAAAAGGGCCGGUAUGGUUCUCUUUCAGGCAUAAGUGUAGGGGACAAGAGUCUGUUCUUCAGUGACUGCAUCAGAGAUUGACUAUGUUGACUGCCUUUUGAAUGAUGGAUGCAGAAAGGUGCAGCUUUACCAUGACCACAUUCACCCUUGAUUCAUUUCCUUGCUCGUAUCACUGAUAAUUUCCUUGAGCGUAUAUCUGUGCCCAACACUUUAGUAGGUGCUACAGAGGAUACUUGAAAAGUAUAAGACCUGGUCCCAUCCACUAAGACAUUUUAAUCUAAUAGAGAAGAUCAGACUGUUACUUGACAGGGAACAGUCUGACUUCAUUGGCAGCUGGCCUUAACUUUUCAAUCAUUGAUCCAGGAAUAUAUUUAUCCAGAGACAUGAAUUCCUGGCAGGCUCAAUAAUUGUACAACACCAAUAUUCUGGACCUAGCAAUUCAGUUAUUUCAAAUCCAUUGGAUCCUUAGGGCACCUAUCUUAGGGUAGAUGUUGUAAUAACACUUUUACCAGAUUCGUGAGAAUGGGCAAAACUGGUAGAGAAAUUGUUUCCUUUCCACCUCUGAAAGUAUGGUGAUGUAUUAAGGAGGGAGGAGUUUUUAAAAUCUCUUCUGGUGAGGUAACAAUUGGAUAAAACCAUGUUAAAACUGAGAUGAACACUUAGAAAUUCAGGGAUAUUGGUCUUUAGCCAUAUGAAUUUGAGCUGCUUAUUUAAUUAGUGUAAUUUGCUUAGCACUGUGUUCCUAAGGAUUUUGUUUUAUUAACCAUUACAGAUUUUACAAACAGUUGUAUGGUAAACGGAUUAUUAUGCCUUUUUGCAAAUAUGAGUAUGAUUCUGGCAUUUGUGUAGAUGAUAUAGUUGGUACCUUUUUUUUCUUCUAAUUCCAGUACUAGUUAAUGUAUAUAGCAAAUCUAGUUGUAUAAUUUUUAAAUGCCAUCAGUAGAAAGUAUGCGAGACUAUGGGUUUUUAGUUUUGGCUUCUGAUUCCUUUUAGUUCUUUUUUGUUUGUUUGUUUGUUUGUUUGUUUUUUAGAUACAGGAUCUCACUCUGUCUCUCAGGCUGGAGUUUAGUGGCAUGAUCGUAGGUCACUGCAGCCUUGAACUCCUGAUUCAAGUGAUCUUCCCACCUCAGCCUCCCAAAUAGCUGGGACUGUAGGCAUGAGCCACCACAGCUGGUGGCUUCUUUCAGUUCUGAUCCUUUCAUUCUUCUUGGAUAUAGCCAGGUCUUGAUCAUUCCAAGACAAUGGCAGGUGGAAUUUUGAGAUUAAUCUUUCCCCUUUGCUAGUUAAUUUCAGUCCCCUGUCUCAUUGAACUUUUGUCCAGAAGGAUCAAGAAUUCCACCAUUUCCUUGGUUUUUGUAUAAACAAUGUUAAAGAAAUACAGACUGAGCCAUAAAGAUACUAGACAGUUUUUAGUCUAAAGGAUUAUAAAUGUAAACAUUAAGCUUUCCUACAAGAAUCUUUUGGCCUCAUAAUCUGUAGCCUCAAAUUAGUAUUUAUUGAUUCACUAGGCAAAAGAAACAGCUGUUUCUUUAUUCUCUUGUUUCUUUAGUGUUUGUGAUUUGCCAUCAGUAGGUAUUUUUUAAAGCCAUCAAAGGAAACCAUUCUUUUUAGUCAUUUUUGAGGACUCAUCAGGCUAUCAUUGUGAUGGAGGUGAUAACUUGGUUGUUGUUGUUAAAAGCCUAUUAACAUUAAAGGCCUUUUAUAGAAGUCAGUUUGGAAAACAAACUUAAAUGUGGUAUGAUGCACCAGAUUUGGUUUAUCCAGCCAUGAGAGAAACAAAAACAAAACUGAGUUUACUUUACUUGUACAUAUACACUAUAAUGGAUAGUAUGUUUACUGUAAACUGCAAUGUAAAACCUCAAUAAAAGUGCACUGUACUUCUUGAUGUUUAUUAAAAGAUGUAUUUUUA